AUGAAUCUUGGAUUCUUAUCACUUGGUCCGGAUGCUGUAUUAUCCGACCCACUGAACUCUUUCAGUGCAUUAGACAAAGGUUUCGAUCGAUGCGAUGGGGCCAAUAAAAAAUAUUGUGUCAAAUUGAUACCUGGUCGAUGUGCCCACAGACAUGGUCAUGAUAUCACCACGGAACUGCCUGAACAAUUGGAUGCGCAUCAUGACAACACCUCCCACCAUGGAAAGGACCGCGGAGGUUGGUCUCAAUGGAGCGAAUGGUCAUUAUGCUCAAGGACCUGUGACGGCGGAGUCUCUCGUCAACUAAGAACCUGUUCAUCACCAGCUGGAUGUAGAGGGGAACCAGUCAGAUACAAGAUAUGCAACAUGCAGCCUUGCCGCGGUAAUGUGUCUCUUCUAGAAGAAGAUAUAUGGAGAGAACAGGAGUGUAGUUCUCAUGAUAACACGCCGUAUGGAGGAGAAUUGUUUCAUUGGAGAUCUCACAGAGACGAUGAUGAACCAUGCGCUCUAACGUGUCGUGGUACACCACAGCAUUCCGGACAAAGUCCUGAACCGACUAUGGCUCUAGAUGAGGAGGAACGAGUGGUGGUAGCAGUUCUUGCAGCCCGAGUAUCAGAUGGUACUCGUUGUAGACCCGGGAGUUUAGAUAUGUGCAUUGAUGGACGAUGUCAGCGUGUCGGCUGUGACUUACGAGUCGGUUCUACUCGUCGUGUCGAUGAAUGCGGUGUUUGUGGUGGGGACGGGUCAUCAUGUUCAAGACCAAGAUACCACUGGCUGUCAACCCCUGGAUCCUUGUGCUCAGCUACAUGUGGUGGUGGUUACAAAAUGUCUCUGGCCGUUUGUCGUGAUCGGCUAACUGGAUUGGAUGCACCCGAAGAACUAUGCGAUGGCUCAAGAAAACCAGCAUCGGCUGUGGUGAGAUGCAACACACAUCCCUGUCCAUUCAAGUGGUAUGUUGGCGAGUGGUCAUCUUGCAGUGUAACGUGUGGGGGAGGUGUACGAUCAAGACGAGUGUUGUGUGCUAGAUCUGCAAAUGUUACGAGGACAGACACUUAUGACCCCGAGACAAGUUCCGAACCUGGUUGUUUAACACCAGCUCCUCGUUCAACUCAGCCUUGCAAUGAUCACAGCUGUCCCACGUGGCUUGCAGGCGCCUGGUCAGGGUGUUCAGUAUCUUGCGGCGAAGGUGUUCAAGUUCGUGGGGUCGAAUGUACCCCAGCUGGUGGGGGUUGUGAUCCAGCAACUAGACCAGAAAUUUCCAGAUCCUGCUCAACAGGAAUAAACUGUCCAAUAUAUAGAGAACCGGAGGAACCUGAGGACGACAUAGAAGCACUGCUGCCGGGUGUAGUUUAUCACACUCAGCCCUUGAUACAACAAUACCCGGCUGCUGAAAGACUUGUAGGAGAACCAGAUGUACCUGUUGAAGCUACCAAUUACAAAAUAUUCUUUGCGUGUGGCUGGUUGUAUGUAAGUUACAUAAAAGAUGACGAAUGGACGCCGUGUAGCGUUACUUGUGGAGAAGGAUGGAGGAAGAAGGAAGUGCAUUGCAAGAUAUUCUUAGAAUUCAGUAGGACCAUAGCAAAGUUACCUGAUAGUAAAUGCAUGGGCCCAAAACCUACUGAAGAAACCGAGAGGUGUGUUAUGGAACCUUGCUCUAUGGCUUAUGGGACAUCGUUCGGAGAUUCAAGUGCUCCUGUUUAUAAUGGUGGAGACAGGUCGCUCAUAUUCGGUACAUCAAGCAACAUAAGAGUAGCACCGGGCUCACCAGGGAAGUCUUAUUCUUGGAAGGAAAAGGGUUAUACUAGCUGCAGUGCAUCUUGCUUGAGCGGUGUACAGGAGCUUAUAAUACAAUGUGUUCGUGAUGAAGACGGCAAAAACGCAUCUCCUUAUAUGUGUGAUCCUUUAACAAAACCGGAAAAUAGAGUGAGGACUUGCAAUGACCACCCGUGUCCACCAAGGUGGAACUACACGGAAUUUUCUCAAUGCACCAAGUCGUGUGGAAUCGGCAUUCAAACUCGCGAAGUCACCUGUAUCCACGAGGUAACAAGAGGUGGUACGAAUACCGUGGUGGUACCAAACAGUAUGUGCCCUCAACCUCCACCACCCGACCGUCAGUACUGCAAUGUACUUGACUGUCCAGUAAGGUGGCAUGCUGGCGACUGGUCGAAAUGCUCCAAGACUUGUGGAGGAGGAGUCAAACAGAGAGAGGUUAUAUGCAAGCAAAUAAUGGCUCAGUCGCACGUAGUCGAGCGUCCGUCAUCUCAAUGCAGUUCACCUAGACCUGCGACAACAAAGUCGUGCAACAGUCGCCCGUGUCUGUUGGAUACUUCAUCGCCAGAAAUAUCAUUGGCUAACUCCUCAUAUAUACAACAUGAUCCGAAGAAGAAAAAGGUGACAGUGAAAGUGGGUGGUUCUGCGACUAUAUUUUACGGGACACAAGUGAAGAUCAAAUGUCCGGUCAAAGGUUACAAUAGAACCAAAAUACAGUGGGCCAAAGAUCAUCAGAUUAUAACAAAGUCGAAGAAAUACAAGAUAUCCAAAAAGGGAGCUCUCCGUAUAACCUCUCUCUCUCUCCGCGAUCAUGGAGUAUAUACUUGCGUGGCUGGAAGGUCAAGCGCGAACCUGACAUUACUAGUCAAACCUCGCCCGGGUGAAUUUCCAUCGAGCGAGGAAAUUGAAAGACAUAAGGCGUUGGACGAACCUUCAUCACCACUCUCGGACAGAGCUGACAGUAGAUACCGAGCGAUGGUAGGUGGUCGGUCUGACGAUCAAUCUCAUGAACAGCGCCCACCAGAUCAGAAGAAGAAUUACAAGGGGCGACAGAAAGGUAAAAUUGACAAAGUACGUGACGCGUUAUAUGGUGGUGCAACAACGAAAGCUUCCCCAAGUUACUCUCAAGCAAGAGAUAUUUACGACGAAAAUGAGAAGAGUGCUGUAUCAUCUCAGAUGCUCCCGCCGAAAACUAACGGCGCCUCACGUCUUUUACCAUGUCUGCACUAUCUUGUUAUGCAGAUUCAGAUGUUUUGGAAUUUCCAGACAAUCGGAAAUUCGAGGGGUCAAAGGAUGGUUGAUCCUGUCAUCAUGUACCAAAAUUACGGAACACCAACACAGGCUGAGGUCGUUAACCUUCAAGACAAACAAAUAGUAUUCCCUUACGACGAUGACUCAGACAUCAUCAUAGUUAACGAAGAUUACAAUAAGAAAACAUUUGACAGCACUGAAAAAUCUGAUAUGAUCGAAACUACAACAUUAGAACCGCAAAAGAUAACCGCAUCCGAUGUAAAUGAAUAUAUGUGGACCACAACUAAGUGGUCAACAUGUUCCGCUCCUUGCGGACAAACUGGACACCAGAUAAGGGGUGCUAUAUGCCAACGUAUAGUCCAGAAUACAACAACAUCUGUAGUAACAGAUGAGUGUAUUUCCCGUGGACUAACUCCCCCUUCAGUGAUGCGUAAUUGUGAAACUGAUGGAUGCGCAACUUGGAAAACUGGUGAAUGGUCGUUACCAAGAUGCCUUCUCAGUGGAACAGCUAUAAUCCGUCGUCGAGUUGAAUGUGUGAGCGAUAACGGUACGCUAGUCUCAGACUCAUCUUGUGUAUACAGCGAGAGACCUGAGAAUUUACGUCGCGUACAACCUUGUAGACCAGUCUGGUCUGUGGGUCCCUGGAGUAAGUGCAAAGGCCCUUGCGGUGAGAGUAAACAGCAUCGCGUAUUGCGUUGCGUGUGGCGAGCUCCAUCAAUACAAGGAAAUAAACGCACAAGAAGGGAAAGGCCAGCCGCCGCCUGUGUACAAGAUAGGCCUCCUGUUGUAAGGGAUUGUAAGCAGAGUAAUUGUGUCAGGGAUGCUGUUUGCAGAGACACCUCACGUUUCUGUGAGAACGUCCGCGCAAUGAAUAUGUGCGCGCUCCAGCGCUACCAGAGGCAAUGCUGCAAGACCUGCGAGGAUUAA